UUCGGCAACACCAGCAGUGACUGCGGCUAGUUUCAACUGCAAAUUCUCGACUCCACUGCCGUUUCCUGUGGGGGAUCAGUGCAUCUUUAUUCGCAAUUUAAGGUUUCCAGCUAUGGUUACAGAAGUUAUCGAAAUGCAUAUUAUACUAGGCGCCAUAAUCUGCAGUGCGUCUGGAACAAGUUUGGAACAAGGAAGUAGUAGGUUAACUGCAGAUGCGCAUGCCGCAUGCAUGCACAGCAUGCGACUGGCUGCCCGGAAAACACGCAGAGAACUCCCCCACAACAAAGGCUUUGUAUUCAGUCUUAUGAUACUCCCGUGUCCAUACUCCCGUGUCUUGUAGGAAUUUCUCUCAUGAGCGUAUUUAACACUAUCGUGAACCCAACACUGGGAGUUCUCGAGAUAGCUGGUGCUGCAUCAGGUGUUCCGUACGUCCAAGGGGCUGGGAUGGCACUCCAAGCCAUCAACACCGCUUGCAACCAAGUGGCCAUCCACAAGCGCAAGUCUGCCCAACUUGCUGACAGAUGCACUUCGUUGCUGAACUUGAUCAGUGAUCACGCAGUUGGACCCGCUAGCGAUGAGAUGCGAUCAUCCUUAGAAGACGCUGAAUUGUGUGUCGUUUGGCUCCCUAAUCUUCUUGUUGGAAAAAUGUUCAUACCAUUGAGACAUUUGAAAAGUUUCUUCAAGAGCUCUCAGAUAGAAAACGACCUGGAUAGGUGCCAGAACGAUGUGAACGCAGCUAUGGAGCGUCUGCACGUCAAAAAUCCCCUGUCUGUCCUGAUCAUGCAGAAACAAUCUAUGGACCUUAUGAAAAUGAAUCAAGAUCGCAUCGAGGAAAAGCUGGCACAGCUGAUGAUAUCCCCACAACAGAUAUUGGACGCAGUCCAACGGCACAAUGCUGGCGGUCGGGAUGCCCUUGAUCUCAUGAGAACCGGUCAGGAGCGCUUGAUACAACUAUGCUUACAAUUACCGCGUGAGAACUCCCAGUCACCGGACCGAACGUUACUUGGGGAACCGAUGGUUGAAUCCCCAUCACCCUCCCGUUCUUGCUCGCUAGAAAUGACAGUGCAAACUCAGAUACAAAGUGCUUUGACUGAUUUCCGGCGUCUAACAAAAAUUCCUCCGACACUCAAAGUCUUGAACAAUCAGGUCAAAAAGGUCAGCGGAUCCAUUCCGAUAUGCUCUGGAACGUACAGCGACAUCUGGCAAGGAGAAAUGUUAGGAGAGAAGGUCGCACUCAAAACCUUGCGCAAUAUCACUGACCCUACGAAAGCCAAAAGAAUGACCAAGCGCUAUGAGCACGAAAUGAAUGUGUGGGAAAAGCUUAAACACGACAACAUUCUGACAAUUUACGGUGUCAUCACUAACUUGGGACCUAUUCACAUUGUGUCGACGUGGCAAGAAAAUGGCAAUGUACUAGAAUAUCGCAUCAAGAACCGUGACAUCAACCCCCUUACUUUGCUCGCACAAGCCGCAAGAGGCAUCGAGUAUCUUCAUGGCCGCAACAUUGUUCAUGGAAAUCUGAAAUGUAAUAAUAUGCUGGUCUCCUCUAAAGGUGUAGUAUGCAUUGGUGACUUUGGGCACACUCAGGUCCUAGACGAAGUGCUCGGGAGGGAGGAAUUCACCGCUUAUACUGGGUCCUCCAACGUGCGUUGGAAUGUUCCGGAACUCCUGGGUGGCGAUGAUGUCAAGCCCACCAAAGCCAGCGACGUCUUCGCGUUCGGAAUGUCUAUCCUGGAGCUUGUAACUAAGCAGGCACCCUAUUCGCAUAGAAAACGUGAUCUCACUGUCAUCAUGGACAUCAACGACAGACAUUUACCUCUUCGUCCAACCGAACCGGAAGAUGUCUCGCGGUGGAUGCAUAAUGAACUAUGGGAAGUUUUGAACAGAUGUUGGUGUUUUAUGCCUCAGGAGCGGAUGGAUCUUGUAGAAGUCACAAUCUGUCUUGAGGGUCUCGCCAAGUACCUUGGGAAUCAUCCAAAUUGGCAGACGGCAGAGGUCGAUG